GAUUUCAGUAGACGUCACUCAUCUGCAUAGGGAGUAAAAUGCAACCAUCCUGCACAGCUCCUCGGAUCCUGAAAAGCACCGCGUCUCUCUCUCUCCCUCGCAUGCAAAUAAACAGGGACUCACUAACUGCCGCAUACCUUAAACUACAAACAUGGAAGGAGUAGGAUGUUACUAGCAUCCGCCGUGGUGGUAUGGGAAUGGCUGAACGAGCACGGACGCUGGUGGCCAUACAGCCCGGUUGUCUGUCAUCACAUCGAGGCGGUCAUCCGGAGCGACCCGCGGGUUGGUAGUGUUGUCCUCGGCCAGGUGGACUCUCGCCUCUCGCCCUACAUCAUCGAUUUGCAUUCCAUGCAACAGUUCCGACAGGAUACAGGUACCCUUCGACCUGUGCGACGUAGCUUCUACGAUCCCACAUCAGCGCCGGGCCAGGGCUGCUUGUGGGAGUGGGAGAACGACUCCGGCAGUUGGACCGCAUACGACACAGAGGUGGGCAUCGCCAUCCAGGCAGCUCGUGACCGCCAUCAGCCCUGUCUGGACCUGGCGCCGCUCGGCUUUUGCUACCUCAUUGACUUUGAAAACAUGACCCAAAUCAAUGGGCAGACGCUGCGCUGCAGGAGAAUCCAACGGCGUUCCGACCUGGCUUAUCCUCUGGUCUCCGGGCCGUUACCCAAGUCCCAUCAUGCUUGGGGACCCAUGUCCAUGCCUGGCCAUGGAGGACUUCUUGGUGUGGAUGUUUCUGGUGCUGGUAUGGGAAUGAGGAUGAGCAGUAGUGGGACUGGGAAUGGGAGUGCCUAUCCCAGUGGGGCACUUCCUGCUUCAGCCAUCACCUCCUUGGGACAGCCCUGUGCCUGUCAGCAGUGCAUGUUGAUGCUAAGCAUCAAAGCGGGUACCAUGACAACCGCUCAAACUUUAGGUCGAAGACCACCGGUGACCAAGCCCCCCAGCCCCAAACUUAGCAGUUACCCUCUCCCAGGAAUUGCUUACUCCCUGACACUCCCUCGACCUCCGUCUCUGUCAAGAUCUUUUUCUCCCCACAGGACAUCUUUAAUAGGUGCGACAGGCGGCUGCAGUGUUGCUGGUGCAGGUGGUCCAGUAGGUGGAGGGGGUAUGGGGAUGGUUGGUGCUGGUGGUCUUAGCAGUACCAGCUAUGGAGGAGGCUACACUCAUUCACUCUCCCUUCUUGGACCAGCAACUGCCGCUCUCUCCAUCUCCUCCAAUCGCCCCCCACCUCCUACACUCCCACCACCUCCACCACCACCCCCUCCUCCCUCCACCACUCUCUCAUCGAUGACCUCCUUACCUCCCCAACCUUCCAGUUCCUCCUCCCUCUCUCUAUCCUGCUCUGCUCCGACAGUGGCCACCCCAGCCGCACCCCCUCUCAUCUCCACUGCCGCCUCCACCUGCACGCCGUCGCCUUCUGCCCGCGUUCUGGGUCCAGUGUCUGCGUCUGGGUCUGCUGCCUGCGCCGCCCCUCUGCCGCCUCGGUCUAGCCUCGCAGGCCUGAGCCGUCCUGCUCUGCAGCGUAUCGCCAUGGCUCAGUCACGUGCACUUAUCGCCUCUGGAGUGCCAACGGUUCCCGUGAAGAACUUGAAUGGAUCCAGUCCUGUACAUCCCGCCCUGGCAGGUAUUACAGGCAUCCUGAUGAGUGCAGCAGGACUUCCUGUCUGCCUGACCCGCCCUCCCAAGCUGGUGCUUCAUCCUCCACCUGUCAGCAAGAGCGACAUCAAACCUGUGCCAGGCCUGGGCCACUGCUGCCGUAAGACCACGAAGAAGCAGGCCCGUAAAGGUAAAACACCGGAGGAAGUGGUAAAGCGUUACCUUCAGAAAGUCCGUAAUCCUCCAGAGGAGGACUGCACCAUCUGUAUGGAGGCGCUGUCAGGACCAUCGGGGUACAAGGGUCCUGGAGUGGGUGGCAUCUCCCGGGCCGAGUCGGUGGGCCGCCUGGCUCAGUGUGGGCACCAGUACCACCUCCAGUGCCUCGUCGCCAUGUACAACAAUGGAAACAAGGACGGCAGCCUUCAGUGUCCCACCUGCAAGACCAUCUAUGGAGUCAAGACAGGCAACCAGCCCCCGGGCAAGAUGGAGUACCACAUCAUCCCCCACUCACUGCCGGGACAUCCUGACUGUAAAACCAUCCGGAUCAUCUACAACAUUCCUCCUGGCAUCCAGGGUCCUGAGCACCCAAAUCCAGGAAAACCGUUCACAGCACGUGGGUUCCCCAGACAUUGCUACCUUCCUGACAGCGAGAAGGGGCGCAAGGUCCUGCGACUUCUUCUGGUGGCGUGGGACCGCAGGCUCAUCUUCUCCGUGGGGACGUCCAGCACCACCGGAGAAUCCGACACUGUCAUCUGGAACGAGGUGCAUCACAAGACCGAGUUUGGAUCCAACCUCACGGGUCAUGGCUUCCCUGACCCAGGACACUUGGAAAAUGUCUUGGAAGAGCUGAGGGCUCAGGGGAUCACCGAGGAGGAUUGUCUACCGAGGGACUAAAACCUGAAGAUGUGGAGCGAGAAAUCAAAAAGGAAGACACUGGUUUAUGACAGCAUGGGACAGUUUUAAGGCCACUGCGCUGAUGCAAGUCUACGUUAACUUCAUUUAGAUCCACUUUGUACCAGGAGGCUCGAUACCAGAGAGACUAGACGAGAAUGUAACUGAUUACUUCAGUGUGUGUUGCUGCUGCUAAGUGGGACUGAGGGGGAACUAAAACAAAGAAUGACGCUUUUUUUUUUUUAAGUGGAAAUGAUGGGGAUUUAAAAAACUCAAUUUACAAUCAGAACCUUUGAACAAAAACAAACCUUUCAAGUUCUUAACGGGAAACCCAAGCAUGGAUAUUUCCUGCUAUCUAGUGGUAAUGUUGAAAAACUACAUCAGUUUUUAGGUUUAAUUUUAAGUUGUAUCCUUGUACAUUAAACAUACUUGAUAUAUGAUACAUAUUACUUUCAUUACCGUUGUUUUUAUACAUAGUAAGGUUACAUUUUAUUUUAUAUGGUGUGUUUCAGUGUAUUUAUUUUGCCUUUUGCUGACUGGAAGAAGUUUUAGAAAAUCUGCUGGUGUACAAGAGUUUACCUGUCACUUUAUAAACAGUCACUUUCAGGAUUUUGUAUUUGAUGAGCUCACAAACUGGCAUUCCUUGCUCAUUAGUCCAUUGGAGAGCACGCGUGCAUUUACAGGUUUCCUGUGUCUUCUUGUGUCGGCAUUAAGAGGAAAGCGUUGGAUCAUGGAGGAUGACUACUUCUGCAAAUUCCCCAAAAAGCUAGGAUUAGACCCGCUGUCUGAGCUCCGAUUUGCACAGUGCUUUCUACUUAGCAAGAGCAAAACAGAACCGUUCAGAUUUACUGUUUUCUAUGUAGGACGCAGACACCAGCCUCAAAUCGCCCUGCGGAGUCACUUGUUUCUGCCAUGUUUGCUUUUCACCACCAAGCAGGUGAACAGGACCAUCAUGUGGGGUUUUCGGCCAAAGUCGGUCUGCUUUCCGUCCGCUGUGAAAUUAGAGUGAGGUGUGUCUGAGGGUGAUAUGAGACAUAUAAAUGUAGGUCUACAUCAUCGUUUAUACUUUAUAUUUUGCGUAUGUAUGUGGACAAAUUUGAAUUAAACUUUUUUUAAAGGUAAAA